GAUAAAGUUCAAAUUCUGAAUUAUUAAUUAAUUAAUUAUAUUGCAUUAUUAGAUUAGAUAGGAAAAUAACGAUGAUACCUACCAGCAGCCAUUUCAAUAUUUGUAGGUAAAGAUGGUAAAAUUGUUGUCAGAAAAUAUUCAAUUCUAAAGACGAUUGCUCAAUAUAAACUAUCUACGUGAUCACAUUUUGAAUGGGUAGGUAAGUACCUACACUUACUAAAAUUUAAAUCUUCAAGAUGGAAAGACACAUGGCGACUUUCUUAUUCUCCUGCGUAAUAAUUGCACUCGUUUUUCAACAUACAGUAGCUAAUGGUUUCACUACUGGCAUAAAUGCUGAAUUUCAAGCUUUGCUUGAUCUAGGAAUUACUGAUUCGGUUGUCAAUUGGGAAAAAGCUUUUGGUCGACUAGCUGAGAGAUACAUGCAAAGAGGUAUCGCAUUGAAAGAACUCAGUGUCCUGAAUUAUAUACGUAUUCACAUGGAAAGUUUAACACUUCACUUAGAUCCCGUUCACUACACACUGAAAGCUGAUAUCGAUACCGAAUCGUUGACAACAAUAAACAGGGAUGAUAUACCCGAUGAAGACGUUCCUCUCCACCUCCGUGGGAGUUUGAAAGUUGAUUUCAAAACCGCUUAUAUUAAAUGGUAUCGCAUUAUUGCGAAUUCCAAAUAUCCUCGUAUUGUGGAGUUCGUCGCAGCCAUUAAAAAAGAACUGAGUGAUGAUAAAAUAUCAUUGACGGACCAAGAUAUAGCUAAAAGUUUAGCGGUUAUCUGGUGUACUGUGUGUAACGAGAUAAACUCAGUUUUGAGCUCAGCGAAUGGCCGGUUAAUACGUUGGAAAAAUGCGGAUGAAGUGGCGGAUACCUACAGUACAUUUCAAGAUGAUGGUUUUUACGUAGAUUUUAUUCGUAUUCUUUUUAAAGUGACGAAAUUCGGGGAUCAUGCUAAAGCUGAUGUGAAGAAAGUAGUGACUGAGUGAUGGUCUCGUUAUUUACCUUGUAAAAAGUACCUACCUAUCCAUAGGUAUAAAAAAUUAUGAAUUAAGUAUCUACCUAUAGGCAAACGUAUUGCUUUACAUGCACAUUUUGUUUUUGAAGAUUUUAUAAAAAUACUUGUAUA